AUGGCUCGUUUAACAGGCCAGACCCAGGCCCAGAGAUGGACAGCUUUACUUGUGCUCGUGUCCGCAUUCUCCCUAUUCACACCUGCUGUGUCCGUGAAGCACGAGAACUUCAAGACAUGCGAUCAGUCCGGCUUCUGCAAACGCAACCGGCAGUACGCCGACAAGGCAUCGAGCCUGGGCAAGCAAUGGGAGGCCCCCUACAGGAUAACACCCGAGUCCCUAAGUUGGAAAGAGGGACAGCUCAAAGGCACCAUCCUGAAGACCAUUGACGCCAAUGGCGAGACGGUCCGGCUACCGCUUACCAUUUCGUUUCUGGAGUCCGGCUCGGCGAGAGUGGAGAUCGAUGAAGAGAAGCGUCAGAAGGGGGACAUUCAGCUACGGCAUGACAGUAAAGCGAGGAAAGAGAGAUAUAACGAGGCUGAGUCGUGGGCCAUUGUCGGUGGACUAGAUUUGAGCAAGACUGUGGCCGAGGAUAGAGGCGCCGAGAGGACCAUUGUGAAGUACGGUCCUGAAGGCAAGUUCGAGGCUGUGAUCACUUUUGCGCCUUUUGGAAUCGACUUUAAGAGAGACGAUGAGACACAGAUCAAGUUUAACGACCGAGGGUUGCUAAAUGUGGACCAUUGGAGACCGAAGAUCGAUAAGCCAGAGCCCGAGAUAAAGGAAGGAGAGGAGGCUCCAGCCGUCCCAGAGGGCGAAGAUGAGAGCACUUGGUGGGAUGAGUCUUUCGGUGGAAACACAGAUUCGAAGCCCAGGGGCCCUGAAAGCGUUGCUCUUGACAUCACAUUCCCUGGCUAUGAGCAUGUUAUGGGCAUCCCAGAGCACGCUGGACGAUUGUCGCUGAAGGAGACUCGGGGUGCAAAUGGCCCUAGCCACACAGACCCCUACCGAUUGUACAAUGCCGAUGUUUUUGAGUACAUCAUGGACAGCCCAAUGACCCUCUACGGAGCCAUUCCCUUUAUGCAUGCCCACAAGAAGGAUUCGACUGUUGGGGUGUUCUGGUUGAACGCCGCCGAGACCUGGGUGGAUGUUAUCAAGGAGACCGAAGCUCACAACCCAUUGAGUCUUGGAAUUGGAUCCAAGAAGGAUACCAAGACGCACUGGUUCUCUGAGAGUGGUCUCAUUGAUGUAUUCGUCUUCCUCGGCCCUACGGCUAAGGAGGUCACCAAGGCGUACGGCGAGCUCACUGGUUACACUCAACUCCCGCAAGAGUUCUCCAUCGCCUACCACCAAUGCCGCUGGAACUACAACACUGACGAGGACGUGAAGGAGGUUGACCGCAAGAUGACCAUGUACCGGAUUCCUUAUGAUAUCAUCUGGCUCGACAUUGAGUAUACCGAUGAUAAGCAAUACUUUACUUGGGACCCGCUCAGGUUCCCCAACCCGCUGGGCAUGCUCAAGCAACUGGACGAGUCCAAGAGAAAGCUUGUGGCUAUCAUCGACCCACACAUUAAGAACAAGGAAGGGUACCACGUCGUAGAGGAGCUCAAGAAGAAGGAUUUGGCAGUUCACAAUAAGGAUGGCAACAUCUACGAUGGCUGGUGUUGGCCUGGGUCUUCCCACUGGGUCGACUGCUUCAACCCUGCCGCGAUCAAAUGGUGGAUCGAUCUUUUUAAGUAUGAUGCGUUCAAGGGUUCCGCAGCCAACCUGUUCAUAUGGAAUGAUAUGAACGAGCCUUCCGUCUUCAACGGUCCCGAGACAACCAUGCCAAAGGACAACCUCCACCACGGUAACUGGGAGCAUCGGGAUGUCCACAAUAUUAACGGGAUGACCUUCCACAACGCCACUUACCAAGCAAUGCUUGAGCGUAAGAAGGGUGAAAUCCGGCGCCCAUUUGUCCUCACCAGGUCCUUCUACGCCGGCUCUCAACGUCUGGGCGCCAUGUGGACUGGGGAUAACCAAGCCGACUGGUCUCACCUCGCAGCCGCCUUCCCAAUGAUCAUCAACAACGGUAUCGCCGGGUAUCCCUUCGCCGGCGCCGAUGUUGGAGGUUUCUUCGGUAACCCCGACAAGGACCUCUUAACCCGCUGGUACCAAUCCGGCGCCUUCUAUCCCUUCUUCCGCGGUCACGCUCACAUUGACACCCGUCGCCGUGAGCCCUACCUCGCCGGCGAGCCAUACACAAGGAUCAUCACGCAGGCCCUCCGCCUCCGCUACACCCUUCUCCCAGCCUGGUACACGGCCUUCCAUGAAGCCAGCGUGAACGGCACUCCCAUCCUUCGACCUCAUUACUUUGAGUACCCAGCCGAUGAACAAGGGUUCGCCAUCGACGACCAAUUCUUCGUCGGCGAGACGGGUCUCCUUGCUAAGCCUAUUGUAACCAAGGAUACCGAGACGACCGAUAUCUACCUCGCCGACGACGAGAUCUACUACGACUAUUUCACCUACCAGAUCUACUCUGGCCGCGGCGCCAACACCAUCGCCGCACCGCUGGAAAAGAUUCCUUUGCUGAUGCAAGGUGGACAUAUCAUCCCGCGCAAAGACCGCCCACGUCGCUCAAGUGGCCUUAUGAAAUGGGAUCCCUACACCCUCGUUAUCGUCCUCUCCAAAGCCGGCGAAGCGACCGGCACGCUGUACGUCGAUGAUGGUGAGACCUUUGACUACCAGAAAGGUGCUUACAUCCAUCGCCGAUUCUCCUUCUCGAACGGUGUUCUUCAGAGCACAGAUAUCGGCACUAAGGGGAAGCUGACGGAUAAGUACGUCAAGAGCAUGAAGCCCGUGGGUGUGGACCGCAUCAUCAUCGUCGGCGCCCCGAAGGAGUGGGCGGAAAAGGUUACAGUGAAGGGAGACAAAGGCGUGUUGGAGCUGCAGUAUAACCCCGCGCAAGGCAAGAGCGCCGCGUGGGCGGUGGUGAAGAGACCGGGUGUUUCAAUUGGGGAAGACUGGAAGAUUGAGUUCUGA